AUGGAUUCCAAACGCCCUUUCGGCAGCUUCAGCAGCGAUUCGAGUACAGCGUCCACGGACCGCAAGCGUGAACCUCUGCUGCCUUACUCGGAAAUCGUCUCUGAAAAGAUGGCGGUCAAGCUGCGCAAUCCUCUGCACCAUUGUCUCUACAAGCGCGUCAUCAUAUGGACUGCGUUGAGUUUGUUCAUUGCCGGGUUUGUCUUAUUUGGCAAACAGGAUGGCGCGGUACGAGAUGUUACCCCAAAGCAUACUGCCACCCACAACGGCGCCUUAGUGAUUACAACCGAGGGGUCAAACACUAAGCAAUUCUACGAAGGCGACACAGAGGAGUCAGCAGACGAUGAGGUGCAGCGGAUGAUUGAUGCCGCUGGAAUUGGUCAAGAACAGUCGCAAGUUGAAGUGGCACCAAGCAAGAGUGACGAGAAGCACCAGAGCCAGGAGCAAAUCGAUGUUGCCGAUCAAGACGGCGAUGGCGAAUCCGAUGAAAAGUCCAAAUCUCAGCUGCCUCCAUCUGACAAAACUGCCGGCAAGGGAUCCAAAAUCCAUGCAGGCGGCAAGUCUGGCAAGUCUGGCAAGCCCAGCACGGCUGAUAUUGAUGCUGAGGACGAAGACGAGCUAGACGAGGAAGAUGUCCCUGAAUACGACCAGCAUUCCGAGGAAUCCGAGAUGAACCUUCUCCUGGAAGGCGAGAAUACGGACCAAUUGAAGCAAGAAUUGGAAACUUUGAAGAAAAUGCCUUGGCUUCGUUUCCCUCAUCUUAAUGGUUAUUUUCACGGUCUCAAAACUUUGGUCAGCAAGACUCUGCACGAUCCAGAGUAUCCCCAUCCCGAGCGAAGCGGCCCUUUCACAGACCGAGUUCAGCUGAACAAGGAAGUCCCGAAGCCCACCCCGUACAAUCCGUACGAAGAAACCGACAGCAUCCACACAUGCUUUCUGGACAAAGAGAAGAAAAUCCCAGCUCCGGACUUGUAUGCUUAUAAUGGUAUCCCCAGACACAUGCCAAAGCCUGCCUUCGGAUCCCAUAGCAUGUUUGGUAUGCGCGACGAUGUCUGCUUUGACCGAUUCGGUCGCUAUGGACCGUAUGGCCUGGGCUACCGUUUAGCUAAGGGCGGAACAAGCGUCGGUAUGAAUACCGAGAAUUCUGGCAGUGACGCUGUCUGGGAAGAAUCUGGUCAAAUUGACUACAGCUCCAUGGACUGGGGGGAUGCCCAGGAUAGGUGCUCUGAACGUCACUGGAGCCGCUACCGCCAGGUCGACCGCAAGACGGACGAACUUGAGCCGUCAAGCGAUUCCAAGAAAAGUCGGCAAGCUAUUGUCAUUCGUCUCUAUACUGGUUUUAAAUGGACCUACUUGUCCGUCCUCAACUUCAGGGCUCUCAUCACAGAGGUUUCUCUCAAAUCUGGAGGUGAAUACACCGUGCACUUCUUGAUGCACGUUCGGGACGACGAUGCCCCCAUCUGGUCAGACGACGUGACGGUGCAAAGAAUCCUGGAUACGAAUGUUCCUCCCGAGUUCCACAACAUGGUUACCCUGUGGAGCGAGGCGCAGAUGAAGUUGUUCUACCCUGGCAAGUUUAGCGCACCGAUUCAGAACCCAAGUGGCGCAGACAUUCACGGUGUAUAUCGCAGCGCGCACCUGCCGCUCCAGGUGUUUUCGUUGCAACACCAAGAGUACGAGCACAUCUGGAACUGGGAAAUGGAUAUGCGAUUUCUCGGGAAUUACUACGAGCUGUUUGAUCGCCUCGGCAAGUGGGCAGACAAGCAGCCGCGCGUUCGUCUUUGGGAGCGCAGCGCCCGCUACUACGUUCCCGCUCUGCACGGUGACUGGGACAACUUCACCGAGACUGUCGAGCGCCAGACUACUGAGGCUGGAAGACAGCUCAUCUUUGGGCCUCUUCAGUUCCACGGCAAGCGACCUCUACGCCAUGAGCAGCGCGGCGAAUCCAUUCUCCCCGCAAGCUGUGCUGUUGGCAAAGAGGCCAGCGAGUGCGGUGUGGACGAGCCGGCAGAUCUCAUCACGCUCAAUCCUCUGUUUGAUGCUGAAAAUUCCGGCUGGGUCUUUUCCUACGAUACGACAGGCUAUCCAUCGAAUCCUCCGCGCCGAUGUGCCAUCAUCACGGCCUCUCGACUGAGCCGCCGUCUUCUCGGGGCGAUGCACGAGGAAAUGUGGCGUCACCAUCACAGCAUGUUUUCGGAAAUGUUUCCCCCGAGCGUGGCACUACACCACGGCUUCAAGGCCGCCUAUGCACCGCACCCGCUGUACAUUGACAGAGCGUGGCCCUCUUCUGCUAUUGACAAUGCCUUCAACGGCGGGCAGGAUCAUUCAACAUCCGGCGCGGGCAGCCCAUUUGACCUGGGCAACGAGCACAACCACAAGGGUGUCAGCUGGUACUAUAACAGCGAGUUUUCGGGCCUCCUCUGGCGGCGAUGGCUCGGGUACCCGCAGUUUGACGGCCGGGGCCACGGCGGCGGCGAGAAGAACCGGGGCGCGAUGCGGGGAGGACAGGAGGAGGAAUCGAUGGAGGAGAGCACGGGGCGCAUGUGCCUGCCAAACAUGCUUUUGCAUCCCAUCAAGUUUGAAGACCCGGAUGAACGGUAG